AUGCCGGGCAUUAUUAGGGAGGCAAUGGUGAAACUGGACGGUUCCGUGAUUAUUGUCACCGGCUCCUCGAACGGACUGGGCGCUGCCACGGCCCGCGUCGCGGCGUCCAAAGGCGCCCGUGUGGUGAUCAACUACACCAAGAGCGAGACGGACGCGAAAGAGACAGUCCAGGCCUGCAAGGACCUCGGCGGCGACGCAGUAUUAUGUCAAGGGAACGUGGCAGAGGAUGCUGACUGCCGCCGCAUGGCCUCUGUGGCGCUGGAACAGUGGGGCCGCAUCGACGGGCUGGUGAACAAUGCCGGGUCGUCGGUAUUUGCCAGCGCCACCGACCUGGAAUCGCUGUCAGGCGAGGACUUCCUUAAUAUAUACGCGGUCAAUGUGGUGGGCGCCUACCAGAUGAUACGGGCGGUGACUCCGACCCUGAGGGCGCAGGGGGCAGGAUCCAUCGUCAACGUCUCAUCCAUAUCGGCGAUCACUGGUGGAGGCAGCUCGAUAGCGUAUGCGGCGUCAAAGUCGGCCUGA